AUGACAGCAUCCAACCAUGACCAGAGCUCCAAGGAAACAGUGGGUGGCGAUAGAUGGUACGACCAGGACCACCAAGUCGUAGAUCCUAGGGCGAUUGAAGCUGGUGAGGAAUUUGAGCCGCACUGGCGAGAGGCUUCCCAUGAUCAUCAUGUCAUCAUCGAGGAUGGACAGAAAUACAAUUGCCACCUGGACUCCGCAACGUGGAGGACAUCUUGGUCCAAGAAUAAGCAGACCUGGUGCUGCAUGAGCCAUCCGGAGUUCUGCGGUUCCAUGCAGCUCCCCUUUGACUGCAACGAGGGUCUGACAGAUUGGAAGGCAUCAUGGCCAACCGCCAAGAAACAAUGGUGCUGCAGGAAUUUCGCCAUGGGAUGCAAUGGCAACGAACAGAAGUACGACUGCAACGCGGGGUUCUGGAACUGGCAGGCGAGCUGGACGUCUCCCAAGAAGGCCUUCUGUUGCAAGCAUGCGAACAGAGGCUGCGAGGUGAUCUCCAUCGAAACCCAUCAGUGUGCUGGCCAUGAAGAGCAAUGGGACGACUGUCCGGAGCAGAGCAGGUGUGUUCUGUGCAAACCUGUGGAUUGCCUCUUCAGCGCGUGGGCAUCGUGGCAAGACGCUGAGGGAUGCCUUCAGAUUGCCUCAAGACAUCGGCAUAUCGAGGUAGAGAACAACGAAUGCGGCCUGCCCUGUUUCGGCACUCAAGUGGAGUCCAAAGCGGUGGAGGCAAAGCCUGAGUGUCUCAAGCUGAAACAGGAUUGCGUCUUUUCCGGCUGGGGCCAGUGGAGUGCCUGUGAGAAUCAGGUGGACCAAUCGGUACGUUCUCGGCACGUGGCCACGGAGUCCAAGAACGACGGUGAAGCCUGCAAGGGGAGUACCAAAGAAACCAGACCCUGUGGGGGUCCUGAACCAAAGCCCUGCAUCUAUUCGGACUGGCAUCUCUGGACCAUCUGUACCAGCUCUUGUGGUGGGGGCUAUCAGUCCCGAAUGCGUCGUGUUGCCUCAGAGGAUCACCUCAGUGGACAGACCUGCGACGACGCCUUGGCCGAGACGCGGUCCUGCAAUGCGGACCCCUGUCCGGCGAAGGAUUGCAAACUCAGUCAAUGGUCUGCCUGGUCGCCAUGCACCCGCAGCUCACUUCAAAAGACCAGGAGACGUGAAGUGCUGACUCCCCCUGAGGGAGUUGGAAUGGCCUGCAAUAUCUCCUUAGUUGAGGCUGGAAGAUGUGCACCACUGGCCGGAGAGGAUUGCAUCACGUCAGAGUGGUCCAGUUGGUCUUCCUGCGACAAGACUUGCCAUGGCGGUCAGCAGCUGCGCCAUCGACGCAUCGUGCAUUACAACUUCAACGGCGGGCAAUGCCCGGUGCAGUCGUUACAGGAGGCCAAGGCCUGCAAUACACAGCCAUGCAAUGGACAGACGAAGAACUGUGAGUGGAACCAAUGGACCGCCUGGGGCGAAUGCUCUCAUCAGCAUGGUGCUGGACAAGCCAAACGCACGCGAAGCUUCGUUGCAGCUACUGGAGACGGAGAGGCGUGCACUGGUAGCACGACCGAGCUCAAGGCUUGCGUGGUGAAAGCGCAGCAGGUGCUAGAUUGCGCCUGGGGCAAUUGGAGCGCUUGGACAGAGUGCACAGUCUCUUGCGGUGGAGGUUCCAAACGUCGCAAUCGCGCAGUGGUACAAGCGCCCAAUGCUGGUGGCAAGGCAUGUGAUCCUCAGAUCAAAGAGGUGGUGAUGCCGUGCAAUACCCAGCAGUGCGGUGAUUGCCGUGAUGGCAAAUGGGGCGAGUGGUCAGAAUGGGGCAGAUGCUCCGCCAAGUGCGGCAAAGCCAUCUCAACCCGCCAUCGGUCCGUGGUGGUCCUGCCCAAUGACUGUGGCAUUUUGCCGGAAGGGCUGAAGCAAGAGUUCAAACUUUGCGAUCUUCCACUGUGUGCAGAGGAUGCGGAUUGUCACAUGUCGCUCUGGAGUCAAUGGUCUCCCUGCAGCAGCCCCUGCCACGGCAUCCGGCAGCGCGUGCGGCGCAUCGCGGCGUUGGCGCAGGGCAACGGCAAGAGCUGUGGCAAGCAGAGUCUGACGGAAGUGGCGGAUUGCAAUCCCGCAGCUGGUGAGGCAAUGCCCCUUGCGUGUGGACCUGUGAAGGAGGUGAAGAACUGCGAGCUGACGGAGUGGUCCAAGUGGGGAGAGUGCUCUUCGAGCUGCGGCGAAGGGCAGCAAGUGAGCAACAGAAAGGUGCUACAGGCCUCGGCGAAUGGUGGGACCUUGUGCAGCGGAAAUCUCAGUUUGGUUCGCGGCUGCAACUUGGGAGCUUGUCCCAUCGAGGUGGCCAAGGAUUGCCGCUGGAGCGAAUGGCUUGACUGGGGCGACUGCAGCAGCUGCCAGGGCAAACGGACGCGCCACCGCAUCAUACAGCAGCUGCCAACACUGGGGGGAGCCAUCUGCGAUCCGAAGAAUGCCAUGGAAAUCUCCGAAUGCGACAGUCUCUGUGCGGACACGCGUUUCUGCACCUGGGCCCAGUGGUCGGGCGAAUGCUCCAAGGGCUGUGCAGAUCGCACCUUGACGCGACACCGCGGGAUGCAACUGCAGCCGGAGGUCACGGGGCAUACGCCGCUCUUCACCGGGAAUACUUCGAGUAGCUGUUCAGGGAUCCAGCAUGAUGUGGCAGAUUGUCCCAUGGCAGAGGAGUGUAAGGAGGUUUGCAAGCCCCUCCACUGCUCCUUUGGUGAAUGGGCUGAAUGGUCCGAAGCCAGUUGUCUGGGUCUCUGCGAACGUCAACGCGUGGUCCAGGAGAUGAACAACGAAUGCGGCACACCAUGCACUGGUGCCUUGCACGAAACCAAGAGCUGCCCAUCGCCAUGUCAUCCUCCCGUGGAUUGCGAGCUGUCGGAGUGGAACGAGUGGACGGCCUGUUCCAACGCCUCUGAUGGCUUCGUGGGAGGUCAGAGAUAUCGCGAAAGGAAGGUGAAGACUCCUCCCAAGGAUGGGGGCUUGGCGUGCUAUGGAGAUAUGGCACAAACCAAGGCGUGCAAAGGCCAGCUUCCUGACCCGUGUGAGUUUGGUCAGUGGCAGAGUUGGUCGGAUUGCAGCACCAGCUGUGGCGAAGGCUAUCGCAGUCGUUUGCGCAGCGUGGCGAACCUGGCAGAUGCCGGGGGAGCACAGUGCAAUGGAUUGCUGUCAGAGGUCACCGGCUGCCACGCAGGCUACUGGGAGGACUGUGGCUUGGGCAAGCAACAGGACUGUGAGUUGGGUGAAUGGUCCCAAUGGAGCCAAUGUAGUGUGACCAUGCAACGGGAACGGCAACGGCACUUUCAGCAGCCAGCCAGAUUGGGGGGGUUGCCCUGUAUGGGGCCGCUGCAUCAGACGGAGACCUGUCAACCAGCGGCAGUGGAUUGUGUGGUCUCAGAUUGGACCGACUGGGAUGAGUGCGAUCAGAGCUGUGGUGCCGCCCAAGCCCGGCGUGAACGGGCCAUCACCCAGUUCCCCAAGCAUGGGGGGAAGCUUUGCCCCACAGAUCUGAAACAAAUGAAAGCUUGUUCCGUUCCCAAUUGUGAUGUGAAGGAUUGUCAAGUUUCCGGCUGGUUGGAAUGGGGUGCAUGUUCCACCAGUUGUGGAAAAGGUCAUCAAUCUCGCCAGAGAAGUGUCUUGAACCUCCGGGAACCUGGUGGUUAUGGCUGCUUCUUCUCGGUCGCCGAGAACCGGGUCUGCAGCAACCCCGUGUGUUCGCAAGACUGUGCCUGGCAUGACUGGCAGUCCUGGAGCGAAUGUUCCCUCAGUUGUGGUGGAGGCUUGAAGACCCGGACCCGACAGAUCAAGUCGAUGCCGGACUCGAUGGGAAAGCAUUGUGAACAGAAGGACAUGCAAGAGGUUCGUGCCUGUAAUGUGGGAACUUGCCACGAUACUUGCAUCAAUGGACUCUGGGCAGGUUGGCAGAGUUGGACGCCAUGCAGUUCCAGUUGCGGUGGCGGAGUAACCUCACGCACGCGAGAGGUGAAGCGAAUGGCCAACAGCUGUGGAAAUCCCCCCAUCGGAGAUGACAAGGAGACCAAGUUCUGCAACGUGGACACGCCCUGUGAAGCCGCCAAGGAUUGUUUGUAUACAGGAUGGAGUCAAUGGAGCCAAUGCUCAGCCAGUUGUCUGGGGAUCACCAUGCGUCGCCGCAACAUCGCCUCCUACGGGCGCGGUUCCACCGGCCUCUUCUGUCAGGGGGCCUUGGAGGAGGUCAACGGCUGCAAUCCCGGCACCGAUGCGGCGUGUGCUCAGGGAGAUGCCGUGGAUUGCGAGCUGAGCAGCUGGAGCGGUUGGUCGGAGUGCAGCACCAGCUGCGAUGGGGGCGAAAUGAGGCGCCAGCGACACAUCACCAAGCACGCAACCUUCGGUGGUCGGGUCUGUGAAGGUCGCAUGGAAGAAGUCAAGGAAUGCGCCAGAACACGCUGUGGCGGUGGCAAUCUUCCCAUCGACUGCGUGUACGGUGAGUGGAGACCGUGGGGCGAAUGCAUGAAAUGCAGCGGCGAGAGGAAGCGUUAUAGACAUAUCUUGGUCUAUCCCGCAGAGGGUGGACGUGAAUGUGCUCCGGCCGAUGUGGAAGAAGUUGGACGUUGCCCCAAUCCUUGCGCAGAGGAAAAGUUCUGCGAAUGGCACGAGUGGUCCAGAUGGGGUGCCUGUUCCAUGUCCUGCGGCCCUGGCGGCAAGCGAAAGCGCAGUCGGAGCAUGAAAGAGGUCAUGCGAACUCCGAAGCCCAGCACCCCAGCGGCCAUCGCCGCGGCCAAGGCCAAGGAGGCCAAGGCCGCGGCCGCACCGUCGGAUGAGCUGCUGGAGAAGUACCGGAGCCUCUACGCGCGAACGCGGCAGUUGGAACACGGUCAGAUGAAGGACGACGACGAUGCGAUAAAUCGAUGA